AUAUAUGUAUAUUUAUUAUGUAUAACAUUUUUAACAUAUACUAUAUAUACAUAUAAAUAAACUUUUAUCUAGUUUUUUUUUUUUAAAGAUAUUAAUUUCCAUAUGUAGAUAAAAAUUAAAAACAAAAACAUUUUGAUUUAUUCUAAAUACAUGUAAAUUAUAUGAUAGGAUAUAAAGUUAAAUGACUUUAAAUAAAUUAGUGUUUAUCGAUUAAAUUUCGGUUGCAUAGCAGCUUUGUCGAUUCUAGAAACUAACGUUUCUUUUUUUUUCGUACAACGUUGAAUUACAUCAGAUACAAAUUAACGAGGUAUAAAAUACACAUAUUGACGUUGAAAAAUACAAGAAUACUUUUUUUUUAAACUAAUAAAUUAAAAAUACAUUUUAUAGGUUUCCUUUUAUCUUUUUUUUAAAAAAAAAAAUGCCGGCUCCAGGAAAGAUGAAAAAAAAGAAUAAUGGAAAAACAAAUGGCAAAAACGGUAAAACAGCAAAUGGAGGAAAGAAUAAACCCUCAAAGAAAACAUCUCGAGGAGGUAAACGAAGUGGAGGAAAAGCUAGAUUUACAAUGGACAUUUUUAAUGAGGAAGUGAUGGAAAAUGCAUAUUACACGUGUCACAAUAUUAUGGAUGUUUUACGAUGUCGUGGAUUUCCAUGGCCAGAUGCGCAAAAGAAAAAGAAAAAAGGAAAGAAACGAUAAA